CACUGCGUUGCUGCUGCUUUCCUUUUAUUCUAGUCACACUGGACUUACUGAAAAGAUUAUUAUUAUUAUUAUUAUUAUUGUUGUUGUUGUUGUUGUUGUUUUGUUAGUUUGCUUAUUUUUUUAAAUCUUCUUUCAUGCUUAAUGCGUAAAAUUGGUGUAUGGUAAUAAUAAGACAAAGCUCAAAAUAGAAAUAUUCACAGGGUAAAUAUAUUUUAUUUAUUGUAAUAUUUUGAAUAUUUUCUAGUUAAAAUGCCAACAUUUAAAGUUACUGUGAAAAUAAAUGCAUAACUUCCACAGGCGCUGAUUUGUAUUUUCAACUGAGUUAUGACCAGAGCGCAGAAAAUGAAAUAUAUUUCAGGACCAGGGACAGUUCCACUGAAGACCACAGAGGCUCACUGCUGCCAUCUGCUGCUCAUUGUGUGUAUUGCAGUAACUGCAGUUGAGCUUUAGGCUUUUUUAUUUUUAUUUUUAUUUUAUUUAUUUAUUUUGUGGAGCGGCUGACCUCCCAGUGGAGAUGGAGGUAGCGGUCAGAGAGAUAGUGAAAAUUUAAUGUCCGUUUAAAUUAGUUGUUUGGAGUCUAGUCAAAGCAUUCGUGCAUUCAUGCUGCAACUGCACUUAAUAUGUCAUUUUUUUUUACCAAGAAAAAUUAUUUCCUCACAUUGUAACCAAUAAGGAGAUUUUAAUGUGAAUGCACCAAUGUAAAGCUAAUUAAUCAUAAACAAUAUGUCAAUGAUAGGCCAGAGAAACAGGAUUUUUAAUAAGAAUGUGCUUAAACUAAUGUUUUCCCCCCUGAUUAUUAACCAGUGUGAGAAAAAAAGAGCUGACUUUUCAUUGGAAUCUGGAAAACCCAUUGCGCUGGCUUUUUCCACCUCAUUUUUGUGAGUUCAGAGUGAAUGUUCUAUAGGAUGCACAGAACAAUAGCAUGGCUGUGAAUGGGGCACCUAUUGUAAUGGGGCCUGCAAUGGGGACUUUUUUAACAGUGUGGAAUGCCCCAGGGGACUCACAUGGACAGGAACAGGACAGGACAGACCAGAGAGCGGCAUCAUUCAUCCCCUUUGAACUGGAAAAGUCCCUCCAGCUCUCCAAAAAGGGAGCUUGAAUCUACCCUUUCAAAGGAACUGGGACUAAGAAGGAAGACCGUGGGAUGGAUAGAAGGGAUGAAAUCAGUUUGUUUGGUUGAAUUAGAUGUGAUUGGCUGGAGACUGAGAGGCUUUAAUGUUCUAUCAUGAGUUCCCACAUGGGAGCUUCUGUUUUAGCUGGCUCAAACCAAACUGGAGGAGGUGGGAACGAGGAAGAGGGUGAGGAAAAUAGCAGCGUGUGUGUGAAGGCAGUGAGACCUCGACUGAGGAGCGCCGACCUGGCUGGAGAAGGAAGGACGAGCAAUGUGGAGCAGCUGGUGAGACCUACUCUGCACGGAAAAGGACGAUGGAGAGAAGAAAGUCGAGAAACAGAAGAAGAAAGCUUCAAACUUGAACUCUCUGGUGGCAACGAGACGGCUCGACAAAGGCAACGAAAGGUGGAAAAAUCACUUGGAGAUGGCAGCAGUAGAGUUGACAGUAUUGUGGAAGUUAGAGAAACAUCAAACAGCACUGAGAGGAGACCAACCUGGCCUAAACCCCAGGGCAUUGCCUUCACUCAGACGUCCCAUUUAAACUCCCAGUUCUCCAGAAAUGCCAUUAAAACCAGAUCUACAGCCCAGCCAAGGCCACUGGUAGGAGACCUGCACCCACAAUCCAGAGAUUCAGAUUCAUUCUGGACAGAGGUGAGAAUUGGAGCAGCAUCUGAGAGCUCAUCACAAAACAGUUCAGGUCAAACACACAUCCCACCUGUCUCCGAGGCUGAGCAGGAGGUAGACGAGGCCGAGGACAACGUGGUUGAUGAUGAAGAGGAAGGAAGCGGUGGGACAGAGGUGACAAACCAGACCGUGAUCUCGGCUGAGGUGUCGCCUUGUUUUCCCUCUGAGGAGAGAAGGGUGAGCAGGAGGGAGAGGAGCAGGAUGAAGAGUCUGAGAAGGAGGCAGAGGAGGAGAGAAAGAUGGAGACAAAGUCAACAGCUGGAAAGCCGACAGAGUUCAGCAGGAAACCCGAGCACCACCACCAGCUGCAGCAGCAGUGAGGACGAUGAGGCCAUGAACGCAAGAGGCAGAGAAGGUUUCAUCUGCGCUGUGUGUCUGGACGUGUACUUCAGUCCCUACAUGUGUCAUCCCUGCAGCCACAUCUUCUGUGAACCCUGUUUGAGGACACUCGCCAAGAACAGCCCCGCUAGCACCCCCUGCCCGCUCUGCAGAACCGUCAUCACACACGUCUUCUUCCAAAAGGUUUGUGUCUUGUUCUCUUUCCCAGAGCUGAACCAAACAGUAAAGACAUUUUUCCCAAAGGAAUUCCUUUCACGGAAGCAGAGCUUUCAGAAAGCGUCUUGUGCGAAGUGGCCUCUCCCAAGCUGCAGGAAGCUCUUGCGCAUCUUUGGAGCAGGCUUCCAGAGACCGUUUAGCUCAGGUCCGAGGCGCCAGUUCCCCCAUGAAGGAGGCUACCACCUGGACGCCAUGGACUUUGAGGACGCCUCUAGAGGCUGGCGUUUUGACAUGGACAUGGUCAUCAUCUACAUCUACUCUGCCAACUGGAUCAUUGGCUUCUUUAUUUUCUGUUUUCUUUGCUACAUUUUCUUCCCCUCUCUCUAAUUUCCUGGAAGCUGUAAUAGUUCAGCGCUGAAACAGUUGAGGUUAAAGUUUAAAGAUGACUCAUGGAGAAAAAGUCAAACAUGAGCUUACUGAAGACCCAAUGAGGCAAUUUCCUGCAGGUGAGAUGGUGUGAUGGAGGGAAAACAACCGUGUGCCAGCUUGUUCGUUCUCAAUAAAACAGAGAAAUUGUGGACAUUU